UGUGUGUGUGUUUAUAGGAUGCCAAGUGAUACGUGUUAAGAAAGGUUUAAAAGUUUGACGUGGUUGCAGUAGAUAUUCCUUUUUCCUUCAGGGUACAGCAAGGACAACAUUCAGGAAACCCAGAUACUAAAGACUUAAUCACCAGCCACCAGAACAACAAUGAAUUCUACAGAUUGCUUUCCUAAUGCCACCGUUUGUACCGGUACAUCUUGUCUGUUAACUGAGAGUGAUUUCAACAGAACUCUGAGUGUCAUCCUAAGUGCUGUUCUUACCACCUUGUUGGCCUUAGUGAUGUUUUCCAUGGGCUGCAAUGUAGAAAUUAUGAAAUUCCUGGAUAACCUAAAGAGACCAUGGGGUAUAUUUGUGGGAUUCCUUUGUCAGUUUGGAAUUAUGCCUCUUGUGGGCUUUAUCCUAUCAGUGGCCUUUAACAUCCACCCUAUCCAGGCUGUUGGCGUGCUCAUCAUGGGCUGUUGCCCAGGAGGAACAGCUUCCAAUGUUUUGGCUUACUGGUGUGAUGGUGACAUGGACCUGAGUAUCAGCAUGACAACAUGUUCCACACUGCUUGCCUUGGGAAUGAUGCCUCUUUGUCUCUUUCUUUAUACAAAAAUGUGGAUAGAUACUGGGACAAUUAAAAUUCCCUAUGACAAUUUAGGUAUUUCUUUGGUUGCUCUCAUUGUCCCUAUUUCUGUGGGAAUAUUUGUCAAUCACAAAUGGCCAGAGAAAGCCAAAGUCAUUCUUAAGAUUGGUUCCAUUACAGGUGUAAUUCUCAUAGUGGUGAUUGCUGUGACUGGAGGCAUAUUGUACCAGGGUUCCUGGUCUAUUGAGCCUAAACUAUGGAUUAUAGGAACAAUAUUUCCAAUGGCUGGCUACUUGCUGGGCUUCUUCCUGGCUAGGAUAGCUGGUCUCUCCUGGCACAGAUGUCGUACAGUGGCUUUGGAAACAGGAAUGCAGAACACUCAGCUGUGUUCAACAAUAGUACAACUCUCCUUCAGCCCUGAAGAGCUUAAUCUGAUGUUUACCUUCCCACUCAUCUACAGUAUUUUCCAGUUUGUAAUGGCAGGACUCUUCAUAGGAAGCUACUAUGCAUGCAAGACAUGUUCUAGCAAAACUAUGGCAGAACUUACAGAGAGUAACAACAGUAAAACAGAGUCUCAAUCAUCCCAUCAUUAUAAAGAGAAUGGAGGAUAUAAUCAGCAGGAAGACUAGACUCCAACAAAAUCAGGGGAUAUAAAAAAAAAACCAAGAUGCUUGUUCUAUAACUUCUUUUUAAAGUCUUUGAUUUGGUAAACCAUUUGACAAAAAAAAAAGUCAAAAGAUAAGUUUAGGUUUCUGAUCAAAGCCACAUAUUGAAUUCCAUGAUAACUGACUGGUGGCCCUGUUUUGAUGUUACAUGGAUUUGUCAAGAGCAAGCUGAUUUUUAAUUGUGCCAAGAACAAAUAUUCAAGGGUCACCAUGAAGAGCUUAUAGCAAUUGCACCAGAUUCUCCUUCUGUUGAAGUCUUUGAGUUUCUUAUCACCCUGAGAUGAGAACCUGACAUUUUGUGCAUAAAUACAAGUAGAAUUCAUUGUUGCUGAAAAGCUAAGAUGUGCUACAGUAUUUAUCUGAUUGAAGGAUUGAAAGUUCCUGUGACAUUUUUAAACCAUUAUUAUUCAAAGCUUUUGGAUCCUAUGCAUUAAGAUUACCUGCCAGAGAACACCACAGGCCAAUAUCUGAUUUUCCUUCUGAGUGAAAAGAAGAAAAGAAAAAAAUGUAAAAGCCUAUUCCAAGAAUGAUACCCUAACAUCAUAGCUGACUGGUAACAAAAUCAAUUUGAUUCCAAAAACACUUAUUGAAUGUCUACAAGGGCAUAGAGUUAAAGAUAUCCCCCUUACUCAGCAUGGAUGCUCUCCAUCCAUUAUCCACUUCAAAAACAUAAUGUUCUAUAUAGCAUGUUGCAGGAAACUAACAAAAAUGAAUUGUAUGUACUUCAUUUUGUACACAUUAUAGAACUUUGCACAUUAUAGAAGUGUAAUAAAUGUUUUUUUUCAUUCAUUCACUUUUCAUAGACCUUUCUGAAGUUUUGAGAACCUUCUCCAAGAAAAGUAGUUUCUUCCUCCUCUGUCGCUAUAGGAAAAGUCACAAAGGUUGUAUAUCAGUCCAAUGAUCAAUACUGAUAAAGUAUACACUGUGUUGAGAGCAUAUUAAAGGCUAAUGCCAUGGGGAAGCCAGGGAAGCAGGCAGCAGUGACUGCCCUACAAGCGAUGUCCAAUGAAUGGUAAUAAACAAACAAAGACAAGAAAAGAUAAGGAACAGAAACUCUCCAAGUAUGGAACAUUACAGGUUUACAGAUGUAAAUAGUAGCAAUGACAGGUAGCUAGAGUGAUUCAGGUCAGAAGGAGUUUAAUAGGGAGGUGAGCCCUGAGUAUUGUGUGAGAUCAAAGAUAUGUUAUAAUAACUAAGAGCAGGACAAGUCUUGGCAGAAGAAAGGGAGUACUGAAGGACUAAGGAAGUAUAUUUGUUUGGAAUCAGCAAAGAUGAAACAGGAUAUGACAGGUCAUUGAGAUGCUAGAGGGUUGAAGUGGUAGAAGCUUGAAUCUCUAAUAGAGGAUUCGACUUCCUUUUUCAACAGCAGAAUUUGUCCAUUUUACCAACUCACUUAUUAGUACUCUUAUUCCAUUAAUAGUAAGAAAAAAAAUUCUCUCAACUUUUGAAUGAUCAGAGCUCAGACUAAAUGCCUUCAUAUGGUUCCUGAGUAGUAUAGCUCCAAAGUAAGAAGACUAUAUAAGCUCUCAAGUUCAAAAUAAGGACAUUCUGAUCAAAAGAUGUCCAAUGAAUGUCACAUUGAUAUUUAGCUAAUUCCCAGAUUUUCCACCCUACGUCAAGACAAAUAUUGACUAUGGGGUGUGGGGGGGGGGGAAGAAUGGUCUUUUUAAAUUAUUUUAAGUUAAUAGGUUGAGGUUUUUUGUUUGUUUCUAAGAAAAGAGGUGGGAAGAGAACAAAUUUUCUCCUAAUGAAACUUCAAAGAAUUGAGUUUUACCUAUGAGAAAGGAAGUAUCUCAAACCUUAUGGCUAGAUUUCUAUACUUUCCUCAUCAAACAGAUGACAGACAAGUGCCCCAAGAUUUACAGUUAUGAAUUCACAUUAAGAAUUUCAAAUACAUGCCAAGUCCAAAGAUUGGAUAUCAACAUCUACAAUGAGCAAGCAGCAUUGUUUCUUCCUGUUGUUCAAAAUAAACAAAUAAAGAAGAAUCCCUUUCUACAUAAUGUGAACAUAGUACUUUGUGGAUUGUUUUGUUAUUUGCUAUUUUUUAUUUUCAAAAUUUUCUUUAGGGGAGAAAAAAGCUGUCUUUGAAAUGACAGAUCUCUAUUUUUAAAUGAACUUGGGAAUCAGAUUAAGAUGUAUAUUUUGCUGCUUCUGUUUCACAUUAAAUUAAUAUGUUAUUAUAAAGUCAAAUAAGCUAGCUUAAUGUUUUUUAACUUGUUCUAUUUAAGUCAUUUCAAAGUGUGAUUUCUUUGAUUCUGAGGUUUAGCCCUGUGAGCAAACUCAUCUAGUGACUACUGUUACAUUGUUCUUCAAUAAGUUUUUAAAUGAUUAACUAGUGUGAUUGAUUAAUUAGUACCACAAAAAUUAUCUCCCUGAUUAUCAAGAGGACUGAUAAAAGAAUUAUAAUGUUUUAGGAUGUUUGUUUCUACAUUCAUCAGUUUUAUGAUUAAUAAUUAUGAUAGUUAUGACAUGAAGUCAUAAAUUAUGCUCAAAAGAAGUCAAAUUUCAUUUGUAGACAGUUUUUCAACAAUUCAGGAGAGGGGGAAUAAUCUGAUUUUGUAGAUAAAGAAAUGAAGAUCACAAAGUCAGGUCACUGAUCAAAUCCUCUGUAUUAACCACAAGGAAACACUUAUUCAGAGAAAGCAGAUAGGCUAUUAGGCAGAUAGAACUCCAGAUAGAUGAUAGAUAGAUAGAUAGACAGAUAGAUAGAUAGAUAGAUAGAUAGAUAGAUAGAUAGAUAGAUAUAGAGAUAGAUAGAUAGAUAGAUAGAUAGAUAGAUAGAUAGAUAGAUUAGUUUGUGUGUGUUUAUAUGUAUAUUUUUAUAUGUGUGUGUAAACAGUCAUAAAAUGUUUGCAUCUCCCCAGAUCACUUGACCGUCUUCAGAUUUUGUUUUAUGCAAUGGAAGUAACCAAAUUUCCCAUCAUCAACCAUAAUCUUAUCCCUUUAAGAGCAUAUCAGUAUUGCCUUCAAAAUCUAGCAUGCAUAAAUCCAAGUCAAUUGGGAGAAGAAAUGGAAAAUUGAGAAAGGAAACUUAAAGACAAAAAAAGAUAAUUUUUUAUUUCUCCCUUCCAAAGGAAAAAAACAAAUGAAAAGGAUCUCAAGUCUAUAGCAGAGAUUUCAUGGGUUUAAAAAUAAACAAGAUUUGUCAUAAUUUAA